UUUAAAACAGUGGGUAGCGUGUACAGAGGUUACAGCCGCGCUUUGUGUUUGUGUGUUCUCUUCAUCUAUCCUGCUGGUUAAUGUGUAAUCUGACAGCACAAUAAAGGUCCUGUUACUCGCUGCAUUAGUAGUUUCUCACCCGUCUAACGUACAGACGACACAUCGAGGGCUCUGAGGGUUUUGAUUGCAGACACUAUGACUUACGGUCUGUUUUUCUCCGCUGAAACAUGGGCUCUUCUCCUGCUGUGUGUGGCACUGCUCUUUAUGUAUGGGUACUGGCCUCAUAGUUUCUUCAAAAAGUUGGGGAUUCCAGGUCCAAAACCCGUUCCAUUCUUUGGGACCAUGCUGGAAUAUAGAAAGGGUUUUCAAAAUUUCGAUGCUGAGUGUUUCAAGAAGUAUGGGAGAAUUUGGGGCAUUUAUGACGCACGGCAGCCAGUUCUCUGCAUUAUGGACCCAUUAAUCUUUAAGACCAUCCUAGUAAAAGAAUGUUACUCUUUCUUCACCAACAGAAGGAAUUUCCGUCUGAACGGGCCGUUGUAUGAUGCUGUGUCGAUCGUUGAGGACGAUGACUGGAGGAGAAUCCGCAGUGUUCUCUCUCCCUCCUUCACCAGCGGAAGGUUAAAGGAGAUGUUUGGCAUCAUGAAGAAACACUCGAAGAGUUUAGUUCAUAAUCUGGGGAAAACAGUGAAGGGAGGAGAGGCAGUUCUUUGGAGUGUACAGUGUGGAUGUGUUCUGUAUGUGUUCAGGUUCUUUGGAGCAUACAGUAUGGAUGUGGUGGCCAGCACAGCGUUCAGUGUGGACAUCGACUCUCUCAACAACCCCAAAGAUCAAUUUGUGACGAACAUUAAAAAAAUGCUCAAGUUUGACUUCUUGAACCCUCUGUUCCUGUUAGCAGCUUUAUUUCCUUUUACGGCCCCCAUCCUCGACAAAAUGGAUUUUUCCUUUUUUCCAAAAUCUGUGACGGAUUUCUUCUACACUGCCUUACAAAAGAUUAAGUCUGACAGAGUGACUAAGGACCAAAAGAGGAGAGUUGACUUCCUGCAGUUGAUGGUUGAUUCUCAGAAAGCUGGAAAAGCUGAACAUGGAAACAGUGAGGAACACACAGAUAAAGGUUUGAGCGAUCAUGAGAUCUUAUCGCAGUCUAUGAUCUUCAUCUUUGCUGGUUAUGAGACGAGCAGUAGUACUCUAGCGUUCUUCUUCUACAAUCUUGCAACAAACCCAGAGGCCAAGAAGAAAGUGCAGGAGGAGAUCGAUGAAACCUUCCCUAAUCAGGCUCCAGUGGACUAUGAAAAGAUGAUGAACAUGGAUUAUCUGGAUGCUGCACUGAAUGAGUCCCUGAGGCUCUUCCCUGUUGGUGCUCGACUUGAACGCGUCUGCAAGAAGACUGUGGAAAUCAACGGCCUCCUCAUCCCUAAAGACACAGUCGUCAUGAUACCAAUCUAUGCCCUUCACAGAGACCCGGAAUACUGGAUAGAUCCAGAGAGCUUCAAACCAGAGAGGUUUACUAAAGAACAUAAGGAGUCCAUAGACCCCUACAUGUUCAUGCCCUUUGGCGCUGGACCCAGGAACUGCAUCGGGAUGAGAUUCGCUCAGGUGACCAUGAAACUGGCCAUCGUGGAGAUCUUGCAGAGGUUUGACGUCUGUGUGUGUGAAGAGACACAGGUUCCUGUGGAGCUCGGCAUCAGUGGUUUCCUUGCUCCCAAAGACCCCAUCAAACUGAAACUCAUCCCAAGAAUUCUCUCAAAUGAGAUUUGUAACAACAAGUCAUGAACAUUCCAGAACAGUCCUUCAAACAUAUAGUUAUUAUUAUAGUUAAUAUCCCUUAAACACGGAGAUGUUGAGAACAGUAAAGCCGAUACUGUGAGACAUUCAUAUUCAUAUUUAGGGCCGUGAGACCAGCUGAUUAUAACGUGAAGAAAUGAGAUUAACCUUCAUGAAAGUUGAGAAUAAAUAUGAUUUAGAUCCAGCACAGUUAGAACAGCUAUAAGCACAUUUACAUUUCCGGAUGAGAUUUUCUGGUGGACGACACUUCAUGAAGGAUCAAAAUAAAAUCAUG